CUUUAUAAAGUUUAUGACAAGUGAAAACUAAUCCAAAACUCCACAUCUGAAAUAUUAAGAGACUCUCCAAAUGCACCAAGAUGAGGUCUUCCCAACUCAACUGGUUUCAUGAGAAAGAGCCUGCACGAGAUUUAUUAAAUGGCCUCUGUUGGACUGGAUGGGGAGAGAACACAGGCUCCAGGACUGCAGAGCCUUCUCCUGAAAGCUCCUGGCUUUAGAGUGUGCGUCAGGGAUCCAGUGAGUCCAGUUCCUCAGAUCUGCGUCAGCUCUUAGGAUGAUGCCAAGGAGGCAGUGAUGCACAUGCAGCCUAGAGUACAUGCUGCUUUACAGGACAAAGCCAAUCCCUUGAAAUUAGUUGGAAAUCUCCUAGGCUUUGCAGGUGGGAGAUAACGGAUGGCAUGUUCAGGCUUCUUAGUUGCAAAACAGGAAUAUUCUGCUCUAAUGGAGGUGAACGAAAGAGCAGACCCGUGUAGAUGCUGCUUAGUAAUCCUGUCUGGAGGUGUCUGCAGUUAGCCGAACAAAGGCUGGUGGGGAGGGAUGUGCUUGCCUGGACAACAAGAAAACAAGACUGUCCUUCAGCAGGGAAGCCUGCGCUGGAAUGUGAUAGCCACUGGCUAUUGGGGAAGAAAGUGCUUUCGGAAAGAAGCCCUCCCCCUUCCUUGUUUUCAUAAGACUACCUAAAAAAACCCAACAAAACCUCUUUGUAGUAGUUUGAUGAAAACUCCAUGCUGAUGAUCAUUAAAAAUGAUCAUUACAAGCACUACUUGAAAUGGAAACUAGAAACAAAGGCAGGUCAAUAAAAUGUGAGUGCUCCAACUUUGCUUCUAUGAGAUUUUUUUUUUUCCCCCCCCAUAUAUACUUUUCUUACUUAUAAAACUACUCUUUCAGUCUUGUGCCUUGUCCAUGCCUGUUGGUGUGAAAGAGGAAGUAGUGUGCUUUCAUAGCACAAGCACUUGUGAUAUUGUUUCCUGGAGACAUUUAGGCUAUAGAUAACUAUUGCUGAUAUGUCUUAAGUAGUUACCAUUUGGCAGCAUAUGACACAAAGAAUGAAUGGGAGAAGGAAGUAGAAGUAACACAACACUGAUGGUGUGAAAAGUGCAGGCUGGGAUUUAAUUAGAAAUUGAAGCCUGAUCAAAGUGCUUGGUGGUAGGCAGAAGAUUCCUAACAAAAAAAUGUCACAGUCUGUCAUGGCCUGUACUGAUGGCAGUGCAUAACCUCUUCCUUGGCUUGCAGAGCAGUGCAAGAAACCAUACAGUGGCUCAGCUUUUCACAGAAAUGAGUCUUGACUUAAGUGGAGAGAGGAAAAGAGACUGAAACGCUCAAUCCAAAGGAGACACCUGUAACAUAUCCCAAAACAAUGCUCUCCUUGUGCUGGAAUCUUUGCCUUGUAGACUUUUUCCGAAGAUUUGUUGCCUUUACAUUUUAUCUCUUUCCCUGUGCUAGGUUGAGUAACCUAGCGUUGGAGGUAGCUGUGCUCUGAGCAGGGGUCGGGCCACGUGACCUGCUGGGAUCCCUUCCAAACUAAAUUAUUCCUUGAUUCUAUGAAACUGUUUGGAAACAAGGGUGACAGUUCUGGGUCUGACACGUGGCACCGAGUCUGACUGCUUCAUGUUCCCAGAAACCCAUCGGUGGCCGGGCUGGCAGAGGGCUGCAGAAAGGCUCCAAGAGGAGCUGCGUGGACUUUGAGGAGCAUGGCUGGUGACUGGCACUGCAAGGACUUUGAAACCCUGGACUUUCUGAACUGUGGGAGCUGAAAGCUAACUGAGACACUAUUCAAAGGACAAGGAAACCUGCAUGGGUGUCAACAAUCAAAGUUACAUAUGUGAAACGGGCCACUGUUGUGGACAAUCCCAGUGUUGCAACUACUACUAUGAACUCUGGUGGUUUUGGCUGGUGUGGACCAUCAUCAUCAUCCUCAGCUGCUGUUGUGUUUGCCACCACCGACGCACCAAGCAUCGUCUCCAGGCCCAGCAGCGGCAACAUGAGAUCAACCUGAUCGCUUACCGGGAAGCCCAUAACUAUUCAGCCCUGCCGUUUUAUUUCCGGUUUUUGCCAAAUUAUUUACUACCUCCCUAUGAGGAAGUGGUGAACCGACCGCUGACACCCCCCCCACCAUAUAGUGCCUUACAUCAGCAGUGCGUCCCAGCAGGCAGCAGUAGCACAAUCCCGGACACGCCAAGAAACCUGCAGCCAGCACAGAGCAGCUCAGCAGCACCCAGUGGCAAUAACAGCAGUACUGACAACACCGGGUCCCCUGGCCUUGGGGACCCCGAGCCCUCCACCACCACGCUGGUCGAGCGAGCAGUUGCCAAAAUGCAAAGCGUCGAGCCCAGCGGUACCAGCACGGGAGCCGAGCUAGUGGAGAGGGCCAGUCCUGAUAAGGAUAUGGAGUGCAAGGAGGAACUGCUAAAAGGUUACAGCUCUGAGAGCUUAGAGCAGAGCAGCGCCAUUCCUGACGGGAAGGACAAGACGCCGGGCAGGCAGCGCCGUUUCACCGGUGACUCGGGCAUCGAAGUCUGCGUAUGCAACCGGGGCCAUCACGACGACGACCUCAAGGAGUUCGACGGGCUCAUCGAUGAUGCUCUGGACGGGCCCCUGGACUUCUGCGACAGCUGCAGCGGCCGCCCCCACGGGGACGAGGAGGAAGGGCUUUUUAAUGCCGCAGAAGAGCAGCACCGCGAACAUAGCCACCACCACCUGCCCCGGCAGCCGGUGUGUGUACUCUUGAACACAAUAAAUGAGCAGGACUCUCCAAACUCUCGUACCAAUAACUCCCCCAGCUAAGGUGGCAGAGUGGAAGGGAGAACUGGGGGAAAAAACAAAGAAAUAAAAGUGGAAUUAAGAGGAUUAAAACUCUAACAGGAGGAAAAGGUGAUACAACCUUCUUUUUUUAGUUUAUUUUUCUUUCUCCCCCCUCCAAUAUAAUUUGGGGACUAGUCCCCGAAGGCCUGGCUUGCGGGGGACGGGUCGCUCUGGGUUUUGUUAAUCAUGUCCGUCCUGCUCCACGGGGCAGGGACUGAUGUUUCUCAAUGAGACCUUCUUACAAAUGGAACUUUCCCAGUGGUGAUUUUGGUGAUGGUUAUUAUGAGUUUGUUGGUUUUAGUUUUCCAAAACACUGCUUUAUCUCGCAAUCAGUAAAGCUCAGCAAAUCUCCCCUGGGAGGAUAUGAAAUCACCGUAAGGCUUCAACC